AUGCAGAGCGUACAAAGACACUUCGGGAAAUUCAUGAAGAGGUCGGCCGAUGAAAGCCAGGUGGCCAUUCUUCUGAAGGAUUUCGAUGAAGCGGACAAGCUGCUGGGCCGGAUUAUCGAUUCGACCAGUGCCUGGCGCGAUGCCUGGUCCGGGCUCUUGACGCAUCAGAGUCGAAUGAUCGGCGAAUUCGAGGACCUCUACGCUCCCAUCGCCGGCUCAGACCCUUCCCCACACAAUGCUGCCGCCACCCCUGAAUCGACCCUGGCCCGAACAAAUAAACUGCGCGAGGAGUAUGAGGACCUGCAGAAGGAGCUUCUCACGGAACUCAGCGCGGUGGACCAACGUAUGAUCCAGCCGGCGUCGGAGGCCCGGGAAUGCUUCAUCCCCGUGAAGAAAACCAUCAAGAAGCGAGAUGACAAAAAGUUGGACUACGAGCGCUACCAAAGCCGCGUCGACAGCUAUGCCAAAAAGACGAAGCGAUCGGAUCGUGACAACCAAAGCCUGGCCAAAGCGGAGAGCGAGCUCUCGAAAGCGACCGAGGAAUAUCAUGCCGCGGAUGAACAUUUGCGACAGAACCUUCCGCCGUUGAUCACCGCAGCCUUCUCGAUGCUCCCUCGCCUGCUGGCCACGCAGGUCGAGCUCCAGAACUCGAUGCUGGCGAACUACUACACCGCCAUCUACAACUAUAGCCAGGAGGAGAAGUUUCCGUCGCCGCCCCUGCCCAUGGAGCAAAUUGUGCUGGACUGGCAGCAGGUUCUGCUGCCGGUCCAAGAAGAAGUCGAGGGGUUCGGCUGCCUUGCUAACGGCAAAGUUGUGCGAGGGUCUCAGGGCACCGACGACCAUCGCAACGGCAGCAGCCAUGGAACCGGCAGUGCAUCCGUUGGAGGCUUCUCUCGGCGUCGCUCUAGCGGCCAGCUGUCGUCCACGCAGCAACGCGCGACUUCCCCAGCCCCCAGGAUCCCUGCCUCGUCGCCGGCAUAUGAUACGAAGCCCCGGGUUAACGAUCUGGCACCCUCCUCGUCGUCUCUCAGCACUCCUUCUACCCAUCUCUCCCCCAACAGCUAUCGUACGCCGGCGUCCGAGCAGAUUCGUCCAUCUUCCUCCUCGGGACUUUCGCCUGCGAGUGCCCGCACCGACUAUUUUGACCGCAAUCCCUCCCCGUCCGGCAGCGGAGCCACUUCUCCCGGCUACAGCGUCCUCGCAGCUGCGAUCGGCAAGAAGAAACCGCCGCCGCCACCAAAGCCCCGUGCCGCCUCGAAUCCGGCCCUGUAUGUGACGGCCCUGUAUGAUUUCGGCGGUCAGAGCGCCGGGGAUCUUGCCUUCCAGGAGGGGGACCGAAUUCGCGUUCUCGAGAAGACCGACAGCACGGACGACUGGUGGGAGGGCGAGCUGCGAGGGGUGAAGGGGAGCUUCCCGGCCAACUAUGUGGAAUGA